UAGCAUAUAUCAAUGUUAACUUUUAUGGUAUAUUAAGGUAUAUUCAUUUCAUCUCAUCCGUUCUCAAUUUUUUUAAUUAUAAUGGUUGAUUAUGAAAAUAGUUAUUUUAAAUCCAAAUGCUCUAACGAAGAAAUAUACGAAGAUAUCAAUAAAUUUUUCUUCUCAUUGAAUAUUAGUCUAAACACCCUAAAAGAUAAAGAAUUAACAAUGACUUUGCAAGGAUUAGAUAAUUUAUUAGACAAACUUGACGAUGCAACUCUAAAAAUAAAUUUAAUAGACCUAGAAAACUUUUUGACCACUAUAGUUUAUCUUCUUAAAGAAACUAACGAAAAUCAGGAUGAACAGAUAAAAAGAUUUUGCCAAAUUUUAGUUGAGCAUCAAAAUUUGACAAAAUAUUAUACAGUCUUGUUUAAAAGCUUGCUCUGCUUUUUUAGGAUGAUGGAUGAGAAACGACAUAUUAAAUAUGAUAUUUAUUGUUCAUUGCUAAAACUCAUCAAAUCAUAUAACUACCUAACCUUUGUUGAAACAGACAUAAAAAUACUUAAAAAUUGGUUUACUCUUUGGAGACUCAAAUAUGACGAAAAACGAAAUUUGAUAAAGCUAUUGGUUGAUAAAUUUUAUACAUGCGGAAAAUCAAUCAUGGGCCUAAAGUUGUUAACAAAUUUUCUUAAGCUGAGUUCCAGUAGCAAAGAAAAGGUUGAGAUUGACAAAGAAGACCUUAAAUCGUGCAUUAUACUACAUAUAAAGGAGCCCGAGAACUACCUUUUUGAUCAUUUAUUGGCUCUCCCUAAUAUCAACACAUUGCACAAUGACUUGGUUGAUAAAUUAUUCAACAUAUUCUUGAAGCAAAAGCUGGCCGAUUAUGUCAAAUUUUAUGAGGAAAAUAAAUCAUUCAUAGAAGAAAAUGGUUUAAAUCACGAAGAGAACUUGUACAAAAUGAGAAUUUUGACCUUCUUACAACUUGCAUCUGAAGCUGGACGCCAAAAUAUUCCCUUCGAAAAAAUUAAUUUAGAAUUGGAUAUAGAUGCUACAUUAACGGAAGAUCUCAUUAUAGAUGCUAUAAGAACCAAAUUAGUCAGAUGCAGUAUCGAUGAGUCUACCCAAUGUGUCAUUGUGGAUUUUUGUACAGACAGAAUUAUAACUAGCAAUCAAUGGAGCCAAAUUUCCGCCAAGCUCAAGGAAUGGUCAGAAUCGCUUACCAUCGUCACCAAGAAUAUCAAAGAUUUGAAAGAUACUUUCGAACCAUCCUCUUUCCUCCUAUCAAAUGGCGAAGAUAGUACUGCUAAUUUAACUACUCAAGGAGAAGGAAAUCCUUUAGAAGCAGAUAAUAAGGAUUACUACAAUCAACAACUCAUGUUACCACCACCUUAUCACCACCAUUAUGAGCAAGCCCACGAGUAUUACAACACUCAACCAACACCCCCUCCCCAUAUUCCUCCUGAAAGCUACUUGAGUACGAGGCCUCCUCCAAAUCACACGUUACCAUUAUAUAAUCCAAGGAACGUGGAUCCCAUGAACCCUAGCGAAAAUUAUUAUUCUUAUAGGAUGAAUGAGAAUACCAGUUUUAACAGAAAUCCUAUAGAGUCUUCAGAUGGUUAUAAGAUGAAUAGGAUGUAUCAAGGCGAAAGUAUCCCGCCACAUCAACAACAGCAUUACGAAGAAGGGCCACUGUAUCAUUCUAGGCCUCAUCCCCAGCAGCAAAUGGCUUACGAAUAUAAAUAUCAGAAUAGACCUCCACCCCCGUCAUCCCAAUACUAUCCCCAAGAACCGUCUUAUGUUAACAACCAUUACCAUUAUCUACCAGACGAGAUGGAAGGCUACAGAUCAGGCGUCCCAUACCAACCACCUCUACCGAAUAGUUCCCAUUAUUAUGGAGAUGCUAAUCUCCCACCUCGUUAUCAAAGGGGAGGGGAAUACGAGCAAUAAAUGAAUGCUCAAAUUUUUUUAUAAUUGAUUACAGAAAAAAAAUUUUUUUGAAAUAUUUUAUUGGACAAAAAUAUUUUCUUUUCGUUAUAAUAUUUAUAAUUUAUGGUGAUGAUUUAUAACUACAUUUUCUAUUUUAAAAUGUUUCAAUAUUAUAUUAACCAAUCAAUCUUCUUAAAUUUUAAGAAUAUUAUAAAAUUUUUCUAAACAAGUAUUAUAUUUAUUUUGGCUUUUGUAAAACAUUAUUUAUGUA